AUGGCCCUCCUGCUCUCUCUGCUGAUGGCCCUAGUGGUGGUCAGCUGUGGCCCUGUUCCAUCUCUGGGCUGUGACCUGCCUCAGAGCCACGUCCUGGUUAGCAGACAGACCUUCCUGCUUCUGGGCCAAAUGGGGAGAAUCUCCCCUUUCUCCUGCCUGAACGACAGGACUGACUUCAGACUCCCCCGGGAGAUGGAGGAUGGCAGCCAGGUCCAGAAGGCCCAGGCCUUGUCUGUCCUCCAUGAGACGCUCCAGCAGAUCUUCAACCUCCUCCACACACAGGGCUCCUCUGCCGCUUGGAACACGACCCUCCUGGACCAACUGCGCUCGGGCCUUCAUCGCCAGCUGGAGGACCUGGAGACCUGUUUGCUGCAGGAGACAGGAGAGGCAGAAUCGCUGCUGACAUUGGAGGGCCCCGCGCUGGCCGUGAGGAGGUACUUCCAGGGGAUCCGUCUCUAUCUGCAAGAGAAGAAACGCAGUGACUGUGCCUGGGAGGUCGUCAGAAUGGAGCUCAGAAGAUGUGUUCUCUUCAUCAACCAACUUGCAAGAAAGUUUCAGAAGUGA